AUGACGACUAUUGGUCAUUGGAAUCGAUCCAUUACAUUCCUGCCAAAAUAUGCUGUCGGAGACAAAUAUACACUCAUUACUAUACAGUUAUUUAUUACAUGCAAACGAUUCUUAGUAACUAAUUUUUUACUUGUUGCAGAUAUUGCCAUCACGACAGGGGACCAAUUAGAAUUUUACACAAACAAAACGAAAGAAAAGGAUGAGGUAGGGAGAUUCAGAGAUCUCACAGCCUUGGCACACGAUGCCGUCCAUAACUUGUUGUUAUUCGUUGAUAAACAGGGCGAUAACGCGUCUAUAUUUAGCUACAACCUGGCCACGAAGAAGUCACAACCUCUAGUGGGUAGACGGUCGCAUGAGAGCAUACAAGGUCUGGCAUUUGACCCCGUUUCCGGUAAGAUAUUCUGGCCGGACACGGAAGAUAAAAUCAUCUACUGGACCUCGUUGUGGUCUAGGUCCAAAACUGAUAUAUACGGAAAAGUUCUUUUGAAUAUGACACACGAAAUACCUAGGGAUAUCGCUGUUGAUAGCUGUAGAGGUUACAUAUACUGGACCAACAUAAACGUUACGAGACCAACGAUUGAAAGAGCGCGCCUGGAUGGCACCGGCCGAGAGGUCAUCAUAGACAAGGACAUCUAUAUGCCAGUAAGCAUCGCUGUCGAUCAGAGAACAAGGAGUCUGUACUGGGUCGACGACAAAGAAGGCAUACAUUAUACCAUUGAGACGUCAGACUUGGACGGCGGGAACAGGAAGAAGGUAGUUGUUGGAAUACAUCACCACCCGAACACGCUGACUGUAUCAAAGGAUUCGUUGUACUGGGUAGAUUGGGCUUACAAAACUGUGUGGAAAAUCGAUAAAGACGCACCUCCUUACACAGAACCAGAGGAGUUCCUAACAUUCUCGAACGGGAAUAUUAAGCCUUUCGGUAUCGUAGCAAACUAUAACAUUGAAGAUCAAAUUGAGGGUAUACCGGAGUGUAAGAACGUGUGGGAAAUGCAGAAGUCUAAAAAUGAGACGGUCGACAUUCCAACCGAUUCCACCUUCGAUGUUGGUCUCUUCUGCUUACAUGGUGAAGGGUCUGGAAAUGAAUGUAAAUGUAUACAAGGAUAUACAGGCGAUCGUUGUGAGAUAUCUGUGUGUCAAAGCUUUUGUUUGAAUGGGGAAUGUAAAGUAGGAUCCGAAGGGCAGCCUACCUGCAGAUGCAAGAAAGGAUAUGCUGGGCUCCGAUGUGAAGUGAAUGUAUGCAACGGUUAUUGUCUGAAUAGUGGUGAAUGUUCGAUCAAUUCUGAUAAACCCACUUGCAAGUGUCCAGAUAAUUUUGAAGGGGGGAGAUGCGAAAGAAAAAAACCCGAAGUAGCCACUACAAUAGCACCUGUUAAAGAUAUAUGCAAUUGCACGAACAACGCGAACAACUCGCCAGGACACCCAGAUGUGACAAAAAGCCAAACAAUUGCAAGCCCGCUGAUGACAACCACUGAAGCGUUGUUAGUGGGCGAUGAUUUUGUGGAAUCCUGCGCAGGCUGGGAUGGAGUGCGCGAUCCUAUAUUGAUGGCGUUGGGAGUACUAUGUGGACUUCUGAGCUUGCUCUGUGCUAUUCUUAUUACGAAAGUACUGCAACUGAAGCGACGCCCCAGGAUAAAGAAACGUAUAAUCGUGAACAAGAAUGUUACACCGCUGACGGCUCGACCGGAUCAAUGUGAAAUAACUAUAGAGAAUUGCUGUAAUAUGAAUAUAUGUGAAACGCCCUGUUUCGAGCCAAAAUCGACGAUUAGGCCGAACCUGCUAAACACAAAACAAGGAAAGGAAGAGAAACGGAACUUAAUUGCGAACAUGGAAAAUCCCGAUGAUAUGUACUAA